AAAUGAUGUUCUUUGGUGGGAUGUUAAGAUGUUGGUCCCGUGUUCUAGGACAUGCAUGUUUAACAAAACAUGAUAUUGGAUAUUGGUUUGGAAUUGGAAGAGCGGGAUUGUGCCCUUUGGGACACCUGUGAUUGAAGCACCAUUUUGGAUCAUAGCCCUCCCGUUCAACCUCCCACCUCCAAUCGGGGAACUCAAAACCAGUGGAAGAUUUUGGAAAAUCAAAAAAAAAAAGAAAAAGAAAUGAUUGAUCAACCAAAAGAAAAACUGGCCAACACGAAAAGACAUGAUUCACAUCCUUGGUCACUGAUGUAAUCACCAAUUUCCAAGUAGCAGAGAAAUGGAAGUUGAUGAUGGGGAGGAACAGAUCAAUCCAUUCUCCUUCAACCAUUUUGUGAAGCGAAAUUCCACUGCAAGUGAGCAAGCUUCUCCAACAAUAGAAAAGUCGAAGUUGGCCAAAUCGAACUGCAAACAAAAUAACCAAGAAUGUGGAAAAAGUGAAAGAGCUGAUAGUACUGAGCUACAAUCCCCACCUACAGUGGUUGAUAAAAGAUCAGAAAUAGAAGAAGAAAAUCCAUUUUCUUUUCAAAAUUUUGUAAAGAAUGACCAUCGCCUGGGGGUGAAGGAAAAGGAAAACACUUCAGAAAGAAAUGAUGAGCUUGAGUCGCAGAAUCGUCAACAACCCCCAUCCCAGCAGCCGCCGGUUCUUCCCGAGAAAGAAUCGAAAGGGCAUCAUGGAGCAAAUGGAGGUAGCAAGCAAAACGCUCCCCAACAGCAAGCUGAGAUCAUUGAUUUUCUGUACGAUGUGCCACCAACACGUAAGUCUGAAGAUGGGGAAAGCCAGAGAAGCAACAAGUCGAACACAGCUGGAAGGAAAGGCGAGCUAGAUACGGGCUGUGAAGAUUACGCCGUACCAAAAGGAGCCAGCCACCAAGAUUAUGCUGUGCCCAGGACCACCCGGGCAACUUCACAUUCUCACGGAUCAGGGUCGAAAGGUCAUAAAAGCGAUAAACAUGGUUCAAGAGCACGUUCUAAUACUGCCCGCGAGGAUCGCAAAGUAAACCGUAAGAGUAAGGCUAAUACCACACAUCAUGAUAAGUACCAAAAUGAUAAACAAUCCGAUACCGAUAACACUCCUGAUUAUGAUGACGGAGAUGUGCACGUGUCCAUUGAAGAUAUAUUGUCGGAAAGCGGAGGUAAUGCACCUCAUGAUGUACGUAGAAAGACUUUUACAGGGAUUAGACCGAGUGAACAAAAGUCAAACCAUAAAGAAAAUGGCGGCGUGUCCUCGGAAAUGCAGCGUCUUAAACAUGAGAAUACAAAGUUAAAGAAGGAACUGCAAGAUUCUAAAAGACAUAGUGAAAAAGACAAUAAAAAGAUGAGGGAAAUGGAAAGUGAAAUACGGCGAUUAAAGCAGAGAGAAGCCGAAGAUGCAAAGGCGUUGGAGACCAUGGUUCAGCAUGUGGAGGACAAUUUGAGAAGAACUACAGAUAGAGCUGUUGCGGCUGAAUCACAUGUUUCCAAACUGAAACAGGAAAUCAAACAUUUAAAGUCUCAUAUUCAUCAUAUGCAAUCUGAACCAAAGUCUGCUCCGCCCGAAGAAGUGAGCAAUGGCGACUUAGGUGCAAUACGUGUGAAGGCCCAAGCCACUUCGUUGAAACUAGCUUCACUAUCAAGAGAUGCUGAGCACCAACUUAAGCAAUUACUCAGCGGUGUUGAGACACUGAAGGUGGUAGCAGAGACCCUUGCCUGUAUAGAUAAAGUCGUUGAAGAUUCAGAUUCCAGACACUCAACAGCAUUAUGAAAACAAAUUAUUCAAUAGAAGAUAUUUUAAAUAACUAAUUUUUAGAAUCACUAUUUAGAAUCAAGCAUGCAGAGGUGUUUUGGUUGUAUAGUACUGAUCUAUAUAACUAGUAAAUGUGCACUAGUAGUAUUAAAAUAGUAGAUGUACCAUCGUAUCUGUGUGUACUACCACUAGUAUAUGUACAACAGCACCACUCUACUGUACUAACACUUGUAUUGUAUUUUCCGGCUACCACCGACUGGAUGUACCACCACUGUACUAGCUUUUGUGUAUACCACUGUACUAACAAUAGUAGGUGCCAUUAGUCCACCCUGGCUACAGCAGCAUUCCCAGGUUUGAAGAAGCCACUUUUAGGAGAUCUGGUUAAAUGAGCUUUCUAAUCUAAUUUGAUUUUGCUCCAUGUGGUUAUAGAGAGACUCCAGGUAAAAAAUUGGUGAUACUGGUAGUAAAAUCAAGCAAGUAUAAUAAAUCGCUUCCAGGAGAUGCUUGCAGGAGUGUGAAGUCGCCCGGAUUCCAAGACACUUUGGAGCCCUGCUAUCACUAGUAGGCCAGUGUACUGUCGCCAGAGAUUGUAUUGUCAGUCAGUCUGGCCACCACUAAUAGUGCAUACUACUACCACUUCUAGGCACACUGUAUAUACACUACCACUCUGUUGAAUACCGCUGGAUAUAAUACAGGUAGUAAGUGUACUGCCACUGGUAGGUGUAUAUCACCGUACUGUCUCUAGUUGAUACAACCAUCACCAGCAUGCUACCUUUAGUAUGUACAACCACUACCAGUCUAUGUGUACUUGGUAGCACUGCCACAGUAGAUGCUACAAAUAUGCUUCCACAUACUAUACCUAUAUAAACAUAAGCAUGUAGAAAUUCCUGCAUAACUCUUCCUUAAAUUCAUCUACAUGCCUGAUUAUUAUAGAUGAGAAACCUAGACACUAUUCUACUACUAAAAUUCUAACUUGCCAUUUGUAUCAAUUGUUGAAUGCUUUUGUGACCAAAUUCUAAUGAUUAGUGAAAUUAUGUAUUCCAGCUAUAAAUUUUAUCGAUUUAAAAAGUAAAUAUACAUAUAUAUACACAUAAAUAUACGUCUCAUUUUAUGACAUCUAUUGUAAUGCAAGUCAUAUUCAUAAAUGCUAUAUCCCUCCAUAUUCUGGUACUGUAGUCAUAUUCAUACUAUAUCCAGAUCAUAUCUAUGCUAUAUCCUUCCAUAUUCAUGCUAUAUCGGUACUGUAGUCAUAUUCAUACUAUAUCCAGAUGAUAUCCGUGGUAUUAAUGUAGUCACAUGAUUUAUCAAUGUCAUGCCCAUGCCUGACAUAGGACAUAACAUAUCAAAGUACUAUAAGCAUACAGUAUGUCCUCAUCAUACCCAUGCUUAUAGCCAUGCUAUAUCCAAGUAUUGCAAACAAUCUCUCAUUGUUCAUAAGAUAUCAAUGCUAUGCCCAUGCUAUAUCCGGCUACAUACUGUAGUUAUGAAUAAUGAAGUUUAAAAAUUGAAUACAUAAAAUUAUAUGAUACUGUAAAUAUAACUCGUAUCUUUAUCCGAAUCCAUUUGUUUACAUCAUAUUAAUGAUGCAAGUGAGGGAACCAUGUUAAUAUCCUUAUUGUACAUAGAAUGGUUAAUGCCUUGUUCAUUAGAUGGCAUGAGAGGUCGACAAUACGUAAUGAUUUUAUUUUGUGCAAUUUUAUUUUCAAUAUUGUAAAUAAUUAUUUGUAAAAAACCAAACUAUUGAUUAAAGAUAUUCUGAAGAGCUGUA